GUUGUGUGCUAAGCCGAGGGCUGCGUUGAACUGCCGCAGAGCCCAUUUCCGGGUGUCUCAUGGAUGGCUCUUCAACGCAGCUUUCUCGUACAUGGCAGGCUACGUAGGAAAGAAUCGGGCGUGGAUCGGCGUGGCCCAUCUGCCAUUACCAUGUUUCGAUUGCUGCAGUUGAGGCUUCCCAUUUGGUUCUUGCAGGUGAGCGGCACUGUGCUAGCCAUACCAAUACCAAGCACGUAUAUAUAUAAGUCCUGUGUCAUGCCUCGCAGUCGUCACACCGAGUUUCACCGGAUUCCUUUUCACUCCCGUUGGCGUGCGCUUUCACCCUACUGCCCCACGUUUACCGCCGCCAGCCAGCACAGACGUCGAUAAAGCAGACCGCUUCUCGACCCUGAUCUGCUCCCCUCCACCUCUACUUUCCACUUUUCCUCCACAUACACAGACACAAUGGCAUCUCGCGCGAUUCCUUCCCACCUGAAGCCCUCUGCCGCAGCUGGCGGUGAUGAGGGUGGCUUCUCGCAGCGCCAUCACGGCAAGUCGCAGUCCCAUGUGGUAAG